GAGUAGCGAAUCGAACCAGUCGCACGUACAGCAACAGCAAACACGCGCUCAGCAGUCAGUGGUGCGUUUCAUUGCAGAUCAAACCUGAAGAAAGUGACUCAUACUCGCAUACCUUUCGUGUACGGGUAGAAAAUCCAUGUUUUGUUGUGCAACGUCGCCAUCGAUAUCAUAACAAGUGUGCAGUUUUGAAUAAUGUACUUGGCUGGAAUUACGCGGAAAUCGGUCAAUCCAUACGGUUAAGAAUGGGACUAGUUAGUCAUUCAGCUGGUUUUCUUGCGAUCGUCGUCGUUGUCACACUUCUUGAUCAAGCUCGUGCGGUCAAUUUGGUCGCUUACAUAUCGCAGUUUGGGCUGCAUGGGGAGAUCUCAUUCGCGCAGUACUCAGACCGGCAGGUUCAGAUAGGCUCCGAUGUGGAAACGACGCUGCAGUAUCCCGAUCAAGCGUGGAGUUGGGGCGUGUACCAGCUGCCAGUGGACUACACGAUCGCUGAUGGCCAAGAGCGAUGUGAUGUCAAACUGCUCGGAGAGCAGUUGUGGUCGUUUGACGAUGAUUUGGGAUUUUUGACGCUACCGGGAAACGAGUCCACGACCUGGUUGAGUGAAAUUCCACUAACUGGAGAAAAGGGAUUGUGGGGCAAGUCACUGAUGCUGUUCGAUCCGAAUAGUGGUUUCAGAAUUUGCGCUACCAUUACGACCCGGGAUGGGUCCCAGGAUCACAUUGCGGAGGCCAGGUUCAACAGCCCGAUUACAGGGUCGAUCUUCUUUCGGUGGUUGGCAGCCAAGGAGACUCACCACUCGGAUACGCUGAUCUAUUCUAAUUUGUUUCAUAUUCAGGAGCAGUCCAAGAAGCUCAACACCGACUUCACCGAGCAUGCAUGGAAGAUCUACGUGACGGAUAUUUUUGAAAAUGACAACGCCGAGGAUAACUGCAACAAGCUUCAACUGGUCUUUGACCCGCAAGUUCGUGGAGCCGGCAAAGGCAUCGGUGACAUCGAUGCCCGCCUCGGUAAUCUCAAAAUCACCACCAAUUCCCAGAAGAAAAAAUACCCCCAACUGUUCAACGAUCGUGAUCUGGUCCUGCUUCCGAGCGAUCUUUACGGUCCAUCUCGCAAGCUGUACGUCGUCGUCUUCGACCCCGUUCAUCCGGACACCUUCCUGGCCUGUUCGAAAAUUCGCCACCUCAAAGCGAAAUCCGCUCGAGCGAUGGUCAACGGCCAAGGAAUGCACGGCGAAAUACGAUUCUUCCAACGAUCUCGCUUUGAACCCACCUGGAUCAACGCCUCGUUCUCGUCGGUCACCAACGACCCUCAGGACAACAUAAAGUACGCCAAAGACGUCGCCAGUUUCAAAAUCAACCAGCUACCCCUUCAAUCAUACUCGGCUGACCAGGACACUUACUGUCUAACCUCGGGACCGACCUUCAACCCAUCCAACGUCAAACUGAACAAUAUUCCCCCACCUGGCUUCGGAACUCAAGAUCAGUACCCCGUGGGAGAUCUUAGCGGAAAGCUGACGAACCGCAACAAAAGAGAAACGCACAGGAUGUACCUUCCAGGGACCAGUGCCGAGCUGAGUGGAUUCUACUGGGAUGCCUUCCUUCCGCUGCAAGGAAGGCACAGCGUAAUCUUCCGAGGCUUCGGUGUUCAACGCCUAAACCGAACCGAUCCGGCCAACAUCACUCAUUCUCCGUGGGCUUGUGGACCGGUCAGUUUGUACGAAAUCAGCAGGCCCUAUCAGAUUCCGAUCACCACGGCACAGGUUCUAUUCCGAUACCCGAUCGUUGGACGAAUUGUCUUUCGCCAGAUCAAAGAAGAAUUCUGGACCGAUACGGCGGUGAUAGUUGAGUAUCUGAUUCAUGCCGAUGGAUCGACAAUGAACAAUACGGCUGAACAUCGGUGGGGAAUAAUGGAACAGGCACCGGGGAAGGAUUUCUACGAUUGGCAAAACCGGUGCGUCAGUGCUGGCGGGAUCUACAACCCGCAGAAGGUGUCGCAGGGAAGCUCGAACUGGGAGGAACGGUGUACCACUCAUUCGUCAGAAAUUUGCCGCAUGGGAGAUCUUUCCAAUAGGUUGGGACUGCUGGAGAUUGCAGGGCGCAAAGCGGAAUCCCAGCGCAUCAGCCGAAGGAUGUUUGUGGAUCAGAAUCUCCCGCUGAGUGGGUUGCCGAGCAUCAUCGGCAAGUCGGUGGUGAUCUUCGACGAUCAUGGACCGAAGGCCAGGGGUGAGCGGUUGGCGUGUUCGAUAAUCGGAGGAUACCACCGGAGGAAGGUCGUGGCACGUGAUUGGUACUCGAACGGGGAUCCGUUGACGAUCAAGGGAAAGCUGGAGAUGGUGCAGCAGUCCGAGUAUGACCUGACGAAUGUCGAAGUGGACUUCAAGGGGCUGGUAGCCAACAGCGGCUAUCACGUGCAUAUUGCCCCCGUGGAAGGCGACCUGCAGUUCCCGUGCGAAGACUCCACCGUCUACGGGCACUGGAACCCUCGCUCGGUCAAUCCGAAGCUUUCUCCGCCGCCGGCCCAGGGCAGCACCGAUGAGUACGAGCUGGGUGAUCUCAGCGGGAAAUUUGGCACCCUCGACGGGGUGUCUAUGUACGAGCAGUCCUACAACGACACGCGCCUUCCGCUGUACGGCUACGAGAGUAUCAUCGGUCGAUCGAUCGUGGUUCACAAGAAGGAGAAAAACCUUCGCUGGGCCUGCAGUACCCUGGAACGGGGUUACAGUCCGAGUGAAGCUCGAGAGAUUCGAGCCAUCGCCUCGUUCCACCACCCGGCAGGGUUUACGUACGGAUACAUCCGGAUGACACAGCUGAUCGGGAACGACGGCAGCCAGAGCGAUACGAUUAUCGAGGUGAAGCUGAGAUAUCCGGGCAAGCACGAUCGGAACAUGACCUCGAACCACAAUUGGAACGUUUGGGUCAAUCCGGUGGGGGUGGAUGCCACUGUGACGCAGGUUGAGACGAGGUGUGUCGCUGCUGGCUACGUGUGGAAUCCUUACUAUACGCAGCUUGCCGAUCCUUUGAACCAAGAUCUGUAUCGACAAGAAUGCGGACCGGAUAACCCCUUGCGCUGCUACGUGGGAGACGUAUCCACCCGGAUAGGUCCCAUCAACAUCGGAGGUCGUCGAAUGGUCUUCACCGAUAGCAACUUUCCCCUGGAAGGUACGGUCAGUGCCCUUGGAAGAUCGAUCGUGAUCUUUGGUCCGGAAUUUUCCGGAAAUCGAUUUGCCUGUGCCAAAAUAGAACCGGAUCAUGACAUCGUCAAGUAUAUCAAUUUGAAGAAACCUCCGAGGUUUGUGGUGACACAAUUCCUGGAGGAAGCCCGAGGAGUGAUGGGCCUUCCCGAGUGGAUGCUGGCGAUUGACUCCCGGAGCACCAAGACACUCCAUAAUGACGCGUGCAUUCAGAUGAUCAUUCACUUCAAGGGACCGAGGGCCCACCAGAUCGAGCUGGACUUUUCGCGAUUGUUGGCCAGCGGAAGACUGGAUCAGCCCACGGUCUCCAUUCCGGGGUACGUGAAUGCCAAGCGCAAGAAGACGCUCUCCUAUCGAACGUGCGGGGUGCGAGAUCCGAACGAUAAAGGCAGUCAAAAGGGAUUUUUCAGUUUAAGUAGCAGCGAUAGUGCUGUAAAAUACUCAUUACCCGUAUUGUUGUCUGUUUUUCUCAUCAACCGUUUAGUGUAAGUUGAAACUUAACUCUUGUGAUAUAACAAGGCGUUCUUCGCUUGAAUACAUUUAUAGAUCUACAUUGACGACUUAA